AUGGCUCCUGCUUUAUCUUUGUCUGUUUCUCAAUAUCCUAUUUGCAAGUGCCAAGAUCAACAAAAGGAGUGUGCCCAGAUCAGCAGAAGCUUCAGCAGAGAUGCUUCAAAUCAAAGAACAUCAACAGACAAGAUCAAACUCAACCGGCGAGAACUGUUGAAUGUCACUGGUGUAAGCGUUCUUGGGGGAUCAACUCUGAUUCAGUCGCCAGCAAGGGCUGCUGUUCCAGAGAGCCCAAUGGAAGUUGCUUCAAGCAGGCUGUCAUAUUCCAGAUUUUUGGAGUACUUGGAUCAGGGGAAUGUUAAGAAGGUGGAUUUGUUUGAGAAUGGAACUGUUGCCAUUGCUGAGAUAUACAAUCCUGCUCUGGAGAAGAACCAGAGAGUUAGAGUUCAACUGCCUGGAUUGCCACCAGAACUGUUGAGGAAACUCAGAGAGAAGAAUAUUGAUUUUGCAGCUCAUCCAAUUGAACCCAAUGUAACAAAUGCUAUCCUGGACUUGCUAGGAAAUUUGGCUUUUCCAUUGUUGUUACUAGGUUCAUUACUAUUAAGAAAUUCAUCUCCAAAUGCACCUGGAGGGCCAAACUUGCCUUUUGGACUAGGAAGGAGCAAAGCUAAAUUCCAGAUGGAGCCUAACACUGGAGUAACUUUUGAUGAUGUGGCUGGAGUUGAUGAAGCCAAGCAAGAUUUUCAAGAAAUUGUUGAGUUCUUGAAGACUCCAGAGAAAUUCGCCGCAGUAGGGGCAAGAAUUCCAAAAGGGGUUCUGUUAAUUGGACCUCCAGGAACUGGAAAGACAUUGCUAGCUAAAGCAAUUGCGGGAGAAGCAGGGGUUCCAUUCUUUAAUCUUUCAGGUUCAGAGUUCAUUGAGAUGUUUGUGGGAGUUGGAGCUUCAAGAGUGAGGGAUCUAUUCAACAAGGCCAAAGCCAAUUCUCCAUGUUUGGUGUUCAUUGAUGAGAUUGAUGCUGUUGGUAGGCAGAGAGGAACCGGUAUUGGUGGAGGAAAUGAUGAAAGAGAGCAAACACUUAACCAGCUGCUGACAGAAAUGGAUGGUUUUACUGGAAAUACUGGAGUUAUAGUCCUUGCUGCCACUAAUCGGCCCGAUGUUCUUGAUCAAGCUCUUCUUAGGCCUGGACGAUUCGACAGACAGGUUGCUGUUGGCCUUCCUGAUGUAAAAGGGAGAGAAGAUAUACUGAAGGUGCAUAGCAACAAUAAGAAGCUGGAUAAAGAUGUUUCUUUGAGUGUCAUUGCUAUGAGAACUCCAGGAUUUAGUGGUGCAGAUUUAGCAAACCUCAUGAAUGAAGCUGCAAUUCUUGCUGGUCGAAGAGGUAAAGAUAAGAUAACAUUGAAGGAGAUUGAUGAUUCAAUAGAUCGAAUUAUAGCCGGAAUGGAAGGAACCAAGAUGACAGAUGGGAAGAACAAGACUUUGGUGGCCUAUCAUGAAGUAGGGCAUGCAAUCUGCGCGACUUUGACACCCGGACAUGAUCCAGUACAGAAGGUGACAUUGAUCCCUCGUGGUCAAGCCCGCGGCCUAACAUGGUUCCUUCCUGGCGAAGAUCCCACAUUAAUCUCAAAACAACAGCUCUUUGCUAGGAUUGUUGCAGGUCUUGGGGGUAGGGCAGCUGAGGAGUUGAUCUUUGGUGAACCCGAAAUCACCACAGGUGCUGCGGGGGAUUUGUAUCAGAUAACUCAAAUAGCCAGACAGAUGGUGACAACGUACGGCAUGUCUGAGAUCGGCCCAUGGUCACUGACUGAUCCUGCUGUGCAAAGCGGCGAUGUGGUGCUGAGGAUGAUGGCAAGAAACAACAUGUCAGAAAAACUUGCUGAAGAUAUUGAUGAAACAGUUCGGCAAAUUGUUGGGAAAGCGUAUGAAGUUGCAAAGGAUCACAUAAGGAACAACAGGGACGCCAUGGAUAAAAUAGUUGAGGUGUUGCUAGAGACGGAAACCAUGACAGGUGAUGAGUUCAGGGCCUUACUCACAGAGUAUACUGACAUCCCUUCAAAUAAUCUUGUUAAAAAGUCAGUACGCGAGUUGAUUGAGGCUUAA